GUCAGUUGUACAUUUUCAAAAGAUACAAUGAGCAAAAUUUCGUAAUAAAAUGACAAAAUCCUGGACAAAAUUAACGUGUAACCCUUACCUGUAUUAAAUUAUUGGUAAAUAAGUAAUAUGAGUCGUUGGAGGACUUGUUUUCUCCUGGCGAUGUUAUUGUUGCUACCCACAAGGAUAACACCAAGAGAAGAUGAGGAAGAAGAGGAGAAAUCUUCCAGUCGGGGUGAUGAGGAGGAAGAUGAUGAAGGUGACGACGACGAUGAGGAGGAUGAACCAAUAGAAAUUGCGCCUUCAGGUCGUAGGGCACCGGCGGUCUUGAUGCAGACGAGUCCGCGAACGGCGGUCACAAGAACAACGAAGCGACGACCUUUGGAAUGUUAUGUUUGUGCUUACAAACCCGAAUCCCCCCUGCGGGCUUGUUUGGAUCCAACGAAAUAUAGAGUGCACACAAUGACAUGUCAUAGUGUGGAUGAGAAGUGCGUGACGUCAGUCACAUCGAAGGGCAAUACGUAUGAGGCUGUCGUCCGCGGGUGUCGAUCGGGCUGUUUGGGCUCUCCGGACACUACAUGCUGUGAGCUUAAUCGUUGUAACAACCAAGCCUUCGCUAUGCCGACAGUGAUUGCUCCACGUGCUUUGGCCCAAAAGAAUAAAUCUGACAAACCGCUACCAACCUCUGUUCUCUUCUUUGUCACAAUUCUAUUGUUGUUACAGACUGUCGUUAAAGUAACAUUUGUAUGAUUUUGGUGCGAGUUGUAAUGUCAC